ACAGAAAAGACAGCUUCUACCAAGAUCGAUGGGAUGAUUGUUGUUCUGUAUUACAGUUGGCUUAUCCAUCUUUCUGAAUGAGGCUGGUGAGUAGCACGAACUGUGCCUAAGGCAUCUUUAUCCAGACACAUCACACCGCCAGGUGCGAAAGAAUAUUACAACCCUUGCCACUUUGAUAAAAGACACCAGACGACAGUUUUGGCUGUUGUAUAAUAGUCAAGAUGCCCGACCAUCUACCACACAUCAUGAAGCCGUCCUUCAAAUGGCACUGGAGGUCGUGGGAAGACAUCAAAGCCGCCUCGCUGUUCACACAGGCCAACUACGUGAACAUCAUCCUUCUCAUCGUAUUCCUCUACGUCGCAGUGAGGCAGAUCUGGGUCAAGCAGGCCGCCAUCAAGAAAUCGACCUACGACAAGCGGUAUCUCAAGGCUGAUGCUUUUCCUCCCGUCGAAGAACAACCCGACUUUGACUGGAAGACGACCGAGCCCAUACAAUAUCGACCUUUCAAGCCGAAAUACCACUUGACGAUGGCCCUCGAAAACCUCGAACCGACCGAGCUCCUGGUCAUGGACAAGACGUACGCCGAGCGCAUGGCCUACCGACGGCGCAUUAUCGACGAGCAAGGCGAACACGUCGUCAACGUCAACGACGAUGUACGCAUCCGUCCCGCCGUCUUCGAGCUGUACCGGUUCCUGAUGGGCACGUACCUCCCAUUACGCUUCCCGCAGGUCUUCAAGCUGCACGAGACGGUGUACAGCUCGGGCCCGGAGUACAUGCUCGAGAACAAGGUCACGGGCUCGGUGAUGCCGGCCAAACCGUCGGAUUACCUGGAGACGGAGCAGCACCUCUCGAUCCUCGGCCGGACCGUGGACGAAGACUUUCUCUUCCUCCUGCCCGAAGAGGGCGGCGGCGACGACCCAAAGUACGUCCUCGAGGCGUACGUGACCGUGUGCCCGUCCGGCUUCGACCCGGCCGAGAAGAUCGGCAAGCGACUCGCCGCCAUCCACACACCCGUGCCGGGCUACAGCUCCAAGCUCGAGGGCAGCAUGGACCGCUUCUUCUCCAAGCUCGAGGUCGGCAAGUACGUCAGGCGCGUCAACUGGGCCAUCACCACAAACACCGAACUCUUCGCGGCGGGCAAAGGGACGACACACGCCCACAAAGGCGAUCAAGUUGAAGAACUCGACGAGAUCGAUGUGGACACGACGUUUGUGAGGUGUGAGCGACAGACGCUGCAUCGCCUCCCGAACACCAAGGCGCUAGUGUUCGCCUUUCACACCUACCUCUACCCGAUCAAGCAGAUCAAGGACGAAGGCGGAGGGGAGGACCUCGCCAAUGCCAUCGACGGGUUGAAGGAGGGCAGCGUUCCAGAAAUGCACUUCUACAAACGAGGCGUUGUGUGGGGGGAGGCUGUGAAGAAGUAUCUACGCAGCUAA